CUCUCCAUGCGUCCUGAUGACGAGCAAAACAAACCGCCACAAGCUGGUUGGCAGACGCCAGUUACGCAGUCUGAGGUGGUGGAGCAACUGUCAAAUCAUUGGUGUACAAACUUCAUAAAUAGUAGUCGAGCUCGUAGUAGACCCAUGGUCUGUAGACGCGACCGAGCAGUACGUUUUUAGUUUUAUCCAUUAAAGCCACUGAUUGACAUCAUGUCAGAUUCUGUCUCGGAAGGGAAGCUAGAAAUAAAACAAGCCAGCAAAGAGGUGAAAGAAAGUGAAAAUGUUGCGGAAAAGUACUCGACGAUGUCAGUCGGAAAAAUGGGCAGUGACACGAAGCUUGGUGACUUUGCGGCGGUGCCAGCCUUCGCCGCAGUCACCUCUCACAAACCCGUCAAAAAGCAAAUACAGUUUGCUGAUGACAAACAGGAAUUCAACCGCUUUCCUACGAAAACAGGACGCAGGUCUCUUUCUCGUUCCAUCUCCCAGUCUUCCACGGACAGCUACAGCUCAGCUGCUUCUUAUACAGAUAGCUCGGAUGAUGAAGCAUCACCCAGAGACAAGACACAGAUCAACAGCAAAGGGAGCAGCGACUUUUGUGUGAAAAACAUUAAACAAGCUGAGUUUGGUCGAAGAGAAAUUGAAAUUGCUGAGCAAGAUAUGUUGGCCCUCAUUGCCUUAAGAAAGAGAGCACAAGGAGAGAAGCCACUUGCUGGAGCAAAGAUUGUGGGUUGCACUCACAUUACUGCUCAGACUGCGGUCCUAAUUGAGACUUUGGUGGCUUUAGGGGCACAGUGUCGCUGGACUGCUUGCAAUAUCUAUUCUACCCAGAAUGAAGUAGCUUCUGCUCUUUCUGAAGCAGGUGUUGCUGUUUUCGCUUGGAAAGGAGAGUCUGAAGAUGAUUUCUGGUGGUGUAUCGAUCGUUGUGUAAAUAUGGAAGACUGGCAGCCUAAUAUGAUCCUGGAUGAUGGAGGAGAUUUGACACACUGGGUAUAUAAGAAAUACACAAAUGUCUUUAAGAAGAUAAGGGGUAUUGUUGAAGAGAGUGUUACAGGAGUUCACAGGUUGUAUCAGUUGUCUAAGGCUGGGAAAUUGUGCGUACCUGCAAUGAACGUGAAUGACUCUGUUACCAAGCAGAAGUUCGACAACUUAUACUGCUGCAGAGAAUCUAUCUUGGAUGGAUUGAAGAGAACCACUGACGUUAUGUUUGGGGGAAAACAAGUGGUGAUCUGCGGAUAUGGAGAAGUAGGCAAGGGUUGUUGUGCUGCACUAAAAGCACUAGGGGCCAUUGUGUAUAUCACAGAGAUUGAUCCCAUUUGUGCUUUACAAGCCUGUAUGGAUGGAUUCAGGGUAGUAAAGCUCAAUGAAGUAAUCCGCCAGGUUGAUGUUGUCAUUACCUGCACAGGAAAUAAAAAUGUCGUUAUAAGGGAACACUUGGAUCGCAUGAAAAAUGGAUGCAUUGUCUGUAACAUGGGUCAUUCCAAUACAGAAAUUGAUGUUACCAGCCUGCGUACACCUGAGCUCACUUGGGAAAGAGUGCGGUCCCAAGUAGACCAUGUUAUCUGGCCAGAUGGCAAGAGAGUGGUGCUGCUGGCUGAGGGACGCCUCCUGAACUUGAGCUGUUCUACUGUCCCUACCUUUGUGCUAUCAAUCACAGCCACCACACAAGCUCUGGCGUUGAUAGAGCUUUACAAUGCACCCGAAGGACGUUAUAAACAGGAUGUAUAUUUACUUCCAAAAAAGAUGGAUGAAUAUGUUGCCAGUCUACAUCUGCCUUCAUUUGAUGCUCAUCUCACAGAAUUGUCAGAUGAACAAGCCAAAUACCUGGGACUCAAUAAAAAUGGACCAUUCAAACCAAACUACUACAGAUAUUAAUUCUUCAGACUGCUGAAUCCAGCACAGACUGUGAUGUCUCAAACAGUCAUAUUUCUUUGACUCCCUAAAAGAUUUUUUUUGGUCUGUAUUUUAUUGUUCGUGCCUGUGUAUACUUUUAUUAGUUAUAUAUAAAUCUAAACAAAGGUUUUGCUAGAAAGUGUAAAUCAGGAAGAUGCAUAAAUGUAUCAUUUUAUCAUUAACCUUCUUUACUUUUAUUUUUUUAAUGAGUUAUGCAGCCACAAAAAAAAAAUCAUUUUGUGUUACUCAUACCACAAUGGUGCCAAAGGAGAGAAGAAUCAUUCCAUGUUUUUUAUUUCUGGGAAGUGGUACAUAUUAUAUCCAGAUUGCAUUCGCAUGACAGUAGUAUAUCAUCUUCUUAUUUAGGGAAAGUUUGUUUUGGUAUUUUGACUAGACCAAAUCUUAGUAAAGUUGCAAAGUGAUGCAUUUUAAAAAGCAUCUAUGAUGACCUAUUCCAGUCAACAGCUUUAAGCACUGAUACCUGCAUUGAUUUGCAGUUAGUUAGAAUAAACUGUGAAUGAACAUGCAGCUACUACCCCUAACAGGUUUCCACCAUUCUUACUGCUCUUACCGUUAUUUUUAAGACUGAUAUCUUUAUUAAGGACUAAUUCUGAGUGAUAUUAGUCCCUUUUACACAUGCAGGCUUUGCCUGGAAUUUGUUGGUAAACUGAUGUUCAUGUGAGUGAGCUAAUCAUCAGGUGAUGUAUGAAAAUCUCCAAUUAACUUGAGAUUUUCAUGAUUUUCUUUUCUAAGGUUAGCUUUUAGAAAUGUCUGUAGAUAUGACAGACUUUCAAACCACUGAGCCAUUCUCCUUUGUUACUGUCAGGCAUAAAUGUGAACUGUCUGCUUUAUGGAUGCUGUUGCCUAUCAGCAAUGCACUCAUGUGGCAGUGAAGUGGGGUGUAUGGCACUUAUCUCAUGGAAGCCAAGUAUCUGUAGGGCGAUUGUGCUACAUAUUGGCUGUCAUUCUUUUCAGUUUCACUGCCAUAGAAGUUAUUUUUGUGGGAUGGUUUGUUUUGGACUAGAGUGAAUUGUUAAAGAAAAUUAAUGUAGCAUCAACCAUUGCUGUUUAUCAACGUGUCUUUUUAAACAAAGAUAACUGUAAUACUUGUGGUAUUUUUACACAACCCUCAGUGCAUGAAGACUGCCAAUGCUUUACAUAGAAUGAGAUCUUCAUGUAUGAACACUAUUAACCUUGAAUAUUGCUGGGUUGCCUUUGUACAUAUGAGAGAGCAAUUCUUUGUAAAUUCCUGGGAUGGUUAACCUGUGAAUUUCUCAGGACUUUAUAAAUAUGUCUCACAUGAUGGUUUGCAAGUUAAGAGGAUUAGACAAAUGUUCUUGAAAUGCAAAUAGUGAGGAAAUACGAUGCAAUAGGAUUGACUUUUUGAAGUUAUGGUUCAUGUUAUGCAGUUCAUUAAGAAAUAAGAUCAAGGACCGUGUGCUGCUCGGUGAUUUUACUUUUACGUGUUUUCUAAAUUGAUCUUUGUAAUUGCCAAGAAGUCGUUUAUAAUUUGCACAGCAUUUGAUCAGAAUCCCUCGCCACCCCACAUACUACUCUUGAAGUGUAGUUAGCUAUCGUUAGUUUUAAUCUUUGAAAAUGAAUUUCUAGACUUUCUGUGAAAUAAUAUAUGUUUAAAGUUAAGACUGAAAGAGGUUUAUGUAAAAAAGCUGAUUCUUGGUACCGUAAUUUACUUAUUUCCUUUCAUUGGCAUGAGGCAAACAAAACUACAGCCCCAAUGAUUAUAGUUUUAUAGUCUUAUGAUGCACUUUCUUUAGUGUUAUUUCAGUGAAUGGACCAUUUUUAAGAAAAAACGGGAACAAAUAUAGUAACAGAGCCAGGAACGAUGUUCAGAUACAUACAUUUCAACAAUUUCUUCAGUUUUUAUAAAGGGCUCUACUAGAGAAUAAAAUUCUGAUAGCAUACUGUGAAGUUCUCUUUUGCUAGAUGCAUGAAUUCUUCUUUAUGAAAUGUGCAUGUCUGAAUGCCACACUUUUAUACAUUUACAUAACAAACUCUCACAGCAUUGUACCCUUUAAAUGCCUUUAACUCUGUUCUCUGCCAUUUAAUCUGCUGUUGAUUGCCAUAGUUGUUGACUUUAUAGUUUUUUUUAUGACCUGCAUGUACCACAUUUCUAAGGUUCUUGUUAGACAGUAUCAUGUAGUCAAAUCAAAUGAAAGCACAAAAUCAUAUUUGUCAGUAAUUGUAUUGUGCCACUGCAUCCUGAAAUCUUAGGCUCAGCUAGUGAAACUUUAACAAUUGAAAAGCCAAAAAAUAUAUACACAUUGGUGGCUAUAAUAUUAAGAUAUAAUAUAAAUCUGAGCUACUGUUUUUUCUCGAGAACAGAGUUUAAAUUAUCCUCUGAAUGGGAAGGCAAUUAGAGGGUGUUUAAUAACUUUA